GUGAUGCAUCCUCCCUUCUCGCCCCCUUUCCUCCCGUGGUAUUCUCUUCCUCCUCCACAGUCCCCAAUACUCAUCGUUCUCCAACUGCUAAAGUGACGCUGUCGUGAGAUACGGCAAGCAAACAUGGCCGCUACUGGAUCUUUCCGUGUGGUGUCAGAGGACGAGCAGGCCAUGAGAUCCAAGCUGGAGCAUCUGACAGUGAAGGAUCAUGGGCCCGUGUUUGGGCCAUGUCACAAAAUGCCAGGCCACACCGUACAAAAGGCUAAAGAUGAGCUGAACGAGACUGAGGAGAGGCGGAUGUUGUCCCUCAAGGAUCUGCGGCUCAUGAUGAAGGAGAGGGCGGCCGAGGGAGAUGACUUGGCCAAACUGGUGCUGGAGCGUUUCGGGGACAAGCCAGACGCUCUGCUCCUGCGCUUCCUGCGAGCCCGCAAGUUUGAUGUUGUCAGGACGCAUGAACUCAUGAAGGGUUACGUGCGCUUCAGGAAGGAGUACCCUGAGUUGUUUGAGAACCUGACGCCCGAGAUGGUCCGCAGCACCAUUGAGUUGGGCUACCCUGUGGUUCUGCCCAGCAGGGACAAAUACGGCCGUGUCGUGCUGCUCUUCAACAUUGAGAACUGGGACCUGGACGAGAUCACAUUUGAUGAGAUUCUAAGAGCAUACUGUGUGAUCCUGGAGAAGUUGCUUGAGAAUGAAGAGACCCAGAUCAAUGGCUUCGUCCUGAUUGAGAAUUUCAAGGGCUUUACCAUGCAGCACGCCUCCGGGAUUAAGCCGGCUGAGCUCAAGAAGAUGGUGGACAUGCUGCAGGAUUCGUUCCCCGCCCGUUUCAAGGCGGUCCACGUCACCCACCAGCCAUGGUACUUCACCACUACAUACAAUGUGGUCAAGCCUUUCAUGAAGAGCAAGUUGCUGGAGAGGGUUUUUGUUCACGGGGACGAGCUGGACAACUACUUGAAAGAAUUUGAUGCUGACAUUCUUCCUGCAGAUUUUGAUGGGAAAGCUUGUGUGGCAGACUGCCAGGCUAUCGCCAACAGGCUUUUCGGCUCAGAGGACACGGCUCUCUGAACCAGGACGGCCUUCAUCGCAGAUGAUGAUCAAAUAGGCACUCUGAUUUGAAGCUAUAGCACAAAUAUCUUUUUUUUUUAAUCCGUAAAGCAGCGCUAAGCAGAAAAGUAUUUAGAGUUAGCAUAAGGUGGUUUACUGUGAUAAUUGAUAUUGAUGUUUAGAUAUUGCAGAAAGUUGUUUGGCAUGUGCAGCUGAUUUUUCUUUUUACUGUUCAGAGGAGUUGAGUUAGCUGUUUGCCUUUCCAACUUGAUGAAUAUGUGCCUACAACUCGCCAGAUGAAUGCUAAGAGAAAAUGAAGUGGUUGUAAUGCAGGAUGCCCUAAGAGUACAUGAGAAGGGUUAUUAAAUAAACCUGUGUGGUAUUAAACGAUAUAUUCUGUC